AUGCUAAACACAAAUGUGCCAUUCUCGGCCUUCAUAUGUGGGGUCCAAGGCAGUGGGAAGUCUCAUACCACUAGCUGCAUCAUCGAGAAUUGCUCCUUGCCCUUGCCUACUUUAGGAGCCCUGAAACAGCCACUCUCCACGUUGGUGCUCAAUUUCAAUGAGUACAGCUCGAAUGUUGGCGCCCAGCCGUGCGAAGCUGCAUUCCUGUCUUCGGUCUUGCCGGAAUGGUCGAAACAAGGACUCUUCAUCCGCGUUAGAGUUCUGGUGCCUCCCUCGAAUUUCUACAAUCUCAAGAAAAUGUACUCCCAGAUACCAAAUGUUGAGGUUCAGCCAUUCAGGCUCAAGCCACAUCACUUGAAUAUCAGCACACUGUUAUCUCUCAUGUGUGUGGGAAAUGGUGAUCAGAUGCCCUUAUACAUGAGCCAGGUAAUCAGAGUGCUCCGUGAAAUGGCAAUUGAAAACAAAGGAGGAACCUUUGAUUAUCUCGAUUUCAGAAAACGUCUAGAAGACCUUAACUUAAAUCGUAUGCAGACACCCUUCCUACAUCAGAGACUGGAUCUGCUUGAUUCCUAUCUGGACCUCAAGGGGGAGCACAAUGGUGACUACUUCAUUGAUGGCGGCAUCACUAUCUUGGAUUUAUCUUGCCCAUUCAUGGAUCAGGCUACCACCUGUCUUCUCUUUCGUAUUGCUAUUGAACUCUUCCUACAUGCCCAUUCCUCACGGGGUAAGAUGAUCGUGGCAGACGAGGCUCAUAAGGUAAGAAAUACCUAA